AGAACAAACCGGUUCGUCAACUCUCCACGUGAACAAGCCCUAACUAAUUUUCUCUCACACUUUCCUUCUCGUUUUCCCUCACUUUCUCGAGAAUCUUCACCAGAGCGAAAUCCGAGAAAAGAAGAAGAUGUGGAAUCAAGGAUAUGGAAAAACCGAUGUGGAGAGCGGAGCGAGGCCACUGUACCCGAUGAUGCUCGAAAGCCCCGAACUGCGGUGGUCGUUCAUCCGAAAAGUCUACGCCAUCAUCGCUAUUCAGUUGCUCGCCACAAUCGCCGUCGGCGCCGUCGUUGUCACCGUUCGCCCUAUCGCCACCUUCUUCGCCACCACCGGCGCCGGCCUCGCUGUCUACAUCGUCCUCGUCUUUGUCCCUUUCAUCACGUUGUGUCCGCUUUACUACUAUUACCAGAGGCAUCCCAUCAAUUACCUUCUUCUUUCGAUUUUCACGCUUUCUCUUGCUGUUGUUGUUGGAUUGAGUUGCGCCUUCACCAGCGAGAAAGUUAUUCUGGAAGCUGUCAUAUUGACUGCUGUGGUGGUGAUCGGUCUAACUGUCUACACAUUCUGGGCUGCAAGUAGAGGCUAUGAUUUCAACUUUCUUGGCCCCUUCUUGUUUGGUUCUGUGCUUGUUCUUAUAGUCUUUUCAUUUAUUCAGAUUCUCUUUCCACUGGGUAAGCUCUCUGUGAUGAUCUAUGGGUGCGUGGCAUCAAUUAUAUUUUGUGGCUACAUUGUGUAUGACACAGACAACCUGAUCAAGAGAUACUCAUACGACGAAUACAUUUGGGCUGCUGUCUCCUUGUAUCUGGACAUCAUCAACCUCUUCCUGGCUCUACUUAAUAUCUUCAGAGCCGCUGAUAGUUGAAAUCACUGUAUAUUAUAUAUUCCUGGGCACAUAUUUCUUUUCUGUGGGGACGAUGGUGGGGUUCAGAAAACAAAUUCUUGUCAGUUAAUGUAGUGUCCUGUGGAUUAUUGUCGAAGCUGUUAAUAUAUAUGGUUUGAUUAGUGAUCAAAUUUUGAAUUGAAUUGUAAA